GAGCGAAGUCAGAUUUCGAUUAACGUUACUUGGGACCUAGCUAGCUAGCUAGUUAGUUAAAACGAGUCGGACGCUAACGUUAACUUUCUCGGUGGUGAUUCUACAGCUGCAUCAUGCAGCCGGCUGAAGCACAAAAAGGAUUUUCUACCAAAAGCCAGCUGUUUGAUUCUCUGAAGGUGUAUCUGAACAACAAGAACCGACUACAACCCAUUAUUGGCCUGGGCAGUAUUAUAGAAUGUGUGAAGGCAGGUACACACAACAGAGAAGUAUUGUACCUGUGUGAGGUCUGUGUGUGUCGCCUUAGUAAAGCUGACAUGCGGAACCACAUUAUGGGAAGUCUCCACAGAUACAACUACAUUAAAGCCUGGCACCCCCACUUAGUGUCUGAAUGGAAGGAGAAGUCUGACCUGUCCAAGCUGGCCUGGCCACUGAUGGAGAUGGCCAAGGCACUUGAGGAAAAAGAGGGACCUGGAGAUGUCCAGUGGUUAGAGUUUGAAGACGCUUUAUACCAGAAGAUGGCAACACACAGUGAGAAUGACGCAGUAACUCUGAUAACUAUCUUAAGAGAUGGGCAGGGCCAGGGUAAUCCUGAGACCACAUCUGUGCAGCUGGAGCACUAUCCCACCCAAUCGCAGAGGAUUGUACUGGUUUCCAAGAACCAACAAAGACCGUCCAAGAAAUCCCUUGAGACCUCAGCAGAGACAAACAAAACUGUAGCUUUUAUCAAAUCAGAAGACUUGUUAAAGAAUACAUCUCCUGAACACUCUGUGCUAUCAGAGAACGGCAACAGCUUUGAUGGCUACACGGGAAACAAGCCUCUUAUUGGUCUUUUCCGCGUGGUUGAAUGUAGAAGUGAUGAUGGCCACACACACUGUUUCCUAUGUCACUGCUGCCGCAUCAGAUCCAACAAAAAGGACAUCAUUGAUCACCUAACCACAUCUUCCCAUCUCAUAAACUACUUGAUGGAAGCUUAUCCUGAGGAGGUGGAGGUAAUAAUGGCAGAUAUUAAUGAAAACUAUCAGCUUCUCCAAUCACUGGCCAAGAAAGUGGAGCAAGAAGAGGGCAGAGGAGAGCCAAAGGUGAUAAACGCACCAGAAUCCCUCUGUAACCUAAUGACUGGCAAAAGUUACCACUGGUGUAUAAAGAUGCUGUGUGAUGGAAGGACACAUACUAACACCCAAAAGCAGAAAAUAGCUGUCAAAGGGCUAAGUGUAAACAAUACUUCAAAUCGAGCCAGGACAGAAAAAUGUGCCGUGUUGCUGUCACAGUUGGCAAAAAGGAUGACCACAAAGAGGAAAAUGAAGGAAGUGGAUAAUACGGUGUUCAAGGUAAGCCUGCCUUUGACCAAAGGUUCACUGCUGCUGGAGAGGACCUCUUUCAGCAUGGACCGCCUCCCGGUGUCAUCUGCAUACUCCCCUUCAUCCGACUCAGAUCUCAUUCCCUUGCCCGAGUCCCAGUCAGAGGACUGUGAGUUGGACUAUAACACUGGAUCAUUUGCAAGUAACCACGCUGAACACCCCUCACAACUUCAGCAAGACCUCUGUAGUGGAGAUGCAGACGCUGGUCAAUACAAGGGACCAGAAAGAAACGUCGCAGUCACUCAGUAUCAAGAGGUGGAUGGUUAUUUCAAUGACGAUGAAUACUUCAACCAGUCAGAAGACAUAACUGGCACAAAAUACCAAAAGGUUUAUGGGGACGACAAUUACAACAGACAACACAGUUCUCAAGAAAGAUCAAGUAAGACGUUUUACAAAGAAUGGCAAAAUGAAGGCCCUCAGACACAAAACGAGUGGCUGUCACCUGCUUUGUCCCACACUCAGGACUGGCCAGCUUAUAACUCUUCCUACGGACGUGAGGCAGGUUGCACUGAGCAGUGGUACAAUUCAACUUCACAGAGUAUAGUUGACACAAGAGUGUCAAGAGAAGAGCGACAGAACGAGAUGAGCAUAGAUGCCACUCAGCGUUAUUACCAACGACAACCACAAAAUCAGUACAUGGCGUGUGUUCAGACAGGCGGUGUGGGACAGCAUGGUUUGUCUGAUGAAUUGGCUGCGCGGUCAGAUGCUGCUAGGAUCGGCAUGCAUCCUCACUUAGGAGAUCCCCUUGCUCACAGUGGCAGCACUGCACCAGAGCCUAGAGUAUGGUUUCCUGAGAUUGAACGGAGACCAUUACAAACAUACAUGGAGUUUGCCAUUGGUCAUGUCCACACAGCUCAACAAAGUUAUAUGACACAAUCUAAGGCCCAACAAGCCACCCAGGUAGGCCAUGGGGUGAUGUCUAACCCCAACUACAAUAUUGGACCUAGGACAAACUCUGACCAGCACUUUCAUCAUCCAGUCAGUGUGGGUGGGGGUAUGUCCCAGUCAAAUGCUAUAAUCCCACCUUGGCAAGCUCAGUGUCAUAGAUCCCAUUCUGAUUAUGAUUUCAGAGCUGCUGGUUUGUCAGAUUUAACGAUUUCAGGAAGUUCAAAUGGAACAACUCCAUUUAUGUUUGCAUAUCCCAAUUUGAAUUCUGGAUAUAUUGCCACACCUCACUGAGACCAAUUUUUUUUUUUUUCUUCUAAUGGUUUGGUGUCCCCAUUUAAUGAAAUCCCACGCAGAUGUUCCAGCCUGGGUUCUUAUCGUGCCGUGGUAUUUUUGAUGUUCUUUUAAAAUAAAUGCAUCAGGUCUCUGCCAGAAAUGGGAAUCUCCUAAUUGAGGAUUGUUUUGCCUGUAGUGAUAAAACUUUCAUAACCUCUGAGUUCAGUAUUUAGCUUUGUCCCCUUUCAGUUUUUCUUUCAGUAUUAUUUUAUAUGAGAAAAUAUUUUUUAUAUGUAACUGACUGAUUUUGUAUUUUCUUUCAAUCGUUUGUGGACCAUUAAACUAAAAAUAAGCCUAAAUUGUGACAUUUCCUUGGAUGGGCUUGGCCAUAAAUGUAUUCUAAGUAAAAGUAUCUUUGUUGCAUCUGAUUAAAAGGCUGGCGCUUUAAAAAAAGAAAAGCUAGAGCUUUUUGAUUUAGAAUUAGGGUAUUUAUGAUGAUAGACCAUGUUUUUGUUAUCUCAGAAUUGUAAAAGUGACUCAAGAAUAUUAGAGAUAAUGAGAUUGAUAAAUUGUACAAGCAUUCAUUCAUAUAUUUCUAGGUUUUACAUGUAUCCUAAACAAGUGAGGGUGAAAAAACAUGCUCAGUAAUAUAAAGCAUCAAACGUAUAAACCGUAUAGUAGCUAGCAGUUGUUUUUAUGAAUGUAUUGGUUCAGAGCAACAAUUGAGAAAUUGCAAAGGUUUCAAAUCACUCUGAGGCGGUGGUUUGUAGUUGUCACUAAAUAUGUAGAACUUCAAAUACUACUGAUAUCCUUUAUUUAAUAUUUCUUUUGGACCAUUAUGCUAAUGUGACUGCAUAUGUUCUGUACAAGCCGUUUCUAAAUAACUCCAAAGAAGAAUUUGCUUUAAUAUUCAUAAACUGUGUGAUGGCCUACUUUUAGGUUUGUGCUUGAGUGUAUUUUCUCAACUUUUUUCGGAUUACUUCUUUUUGCUUACUUUGUGCACCACUGAAGAUAGUAUAUUUAUGUUGACUAUGGGGUAUAAUGGAACUGAUAUUGACGCUAGUUUGCUAUAAACAAAAUUUGGAAAAUGAAGUGAUAAAUUGAUCAACUGAUGAUAAUGUUAGGCUAGGUAACAUUAUUAUAUAUUGUAUGUUUAACAAUGCAAAUGCCCAAUGCUGUGAUGCCUAAUACAUUUGUAAAUGUCUUAGUUUCUUCAUUUAGGAGGUUUAAUCCUCAGUGUUGUGUCCUACUUGCAUAAAACUAUUGACUAGUAAUUGCUUAUUACAUUUGAACAGAAGGGAAUUAAAGGAUGAAUAAGGAUUUGCAGUCUCUUUUGAAAUGUUGAAGUGUCAAAUUUAAGAUUGAAAUUAAAGUUCACAUUAUGAAGGGUGAAGAAAGUUCACUGUAGGAGAGAUUUGAGACUUGGUGUGUAUGUCGGCAAUAUCUCAACAUCUAGAAUAAACACAUUGCAAAGAC